GAACAUCUGGAAAAAAGAGAAACAACUGCUUCUGCAAUCACUGUAUAAUCACGUCCUGAUUUAGUGACAAGGCUCGUCAAGUUCAGAAUUGCUCUUUCACGGCAGUUCUAAAUCAACAUCAUGGCAUGCAUUUAUGGAAACAUCAUGAAAAUAGACACCACCGGUGCAUCACAGGCAACAGCUAAUCAAGACAGAUUAAACGUAAAUGGUGUUGAAGCCUCCAAAAAACUGGCUGAGACUGAUCUGGCCCGGAUGGAGAACUACAAAAGUAUGAUCACCAAAGUUGGCAAAGCAAAGCAGAUGGACCCGGCUGUGAUUGCUGCAAUCAUAUCUAGAGAGUCCAGAGCCGGAGCCGCUCUGGAGGGUGGAUGGGGUGAUCAUGGCAAUGCCUUUGGCCUCAUGCAGGUCGAUAGACGCUACCACACUCCAGUUGGUGCAUUGGACAGUGAGCAGCAUAUCGCACAAGCUACAGAGAUACUCAUUAGCUUCAUUAAAGAAAUUAAAGCAAUAUUUCCCAUGUGGUCCCAAGAGCAAUGCUUUAAAGGGGGAAUAUCAGCCUACAACGCAGGUGUGAGUACCGUCAGUUCAUAUGAGAAUAUCGAUGCCAGAACCACAGGACAAGACUACUCCAAUGAUGUUGUUGCCAGAGCCCAGUAUUUCAAAAGCAAGGGUUACUAAAGAACAGCAGUUAUGAAGCUGUAAAACCCUUAAAUUAGUAUAAUGAGUACAACAACUCAAGAUUAUAAGUCUUCAUUUUUAAUAUUAGACCUUUUGUAGUGAUAUUCUUAGUUAAAUAUAGAUAUUAGAUUGCUAAUAUAAUCUUUCCAAACCAUUUAAGAGUUUGCGUUUUCAAAAUAUGACCAUAUUAAUGAUACUACAGAGCUGCAGUGAAUUUCCUGUAAUGAUAGUAAUGAAGAUCUUAU